CGCAUUCUAGCAAUGGCGCUCGUAAAACUACUUGUGGCAAUCGCGGUAACAACCGCGAUCGCAAUCGCAAUAAUCACCACCGCAACUGCCGUAGAUCACGACAAGAACGUUCAAGAAACGAAGACCCUUUUGGCUCCUGAGACAAACACAGAGCCGAGAAGGUUCUUGUCACAAACGGAGAAGCCGACGAGGAACCCAAACGCCGCGGAUCACUGCCACAAGAACCCCGAGAUAUGCAGCUCCUAUGGCGGGAACGCAACCGCAGCGUGUUGCAACAACAAGUGCGUUGACUUGUCGUACGACGACAAGAACUGUGGCGCGUGUAAGAACAGGUGCAAGUUCUCUCAGACGUGUUGCCGUGGCCAGUGCGUUUACUUGGCCUACGACAAACGCCACUGCGGUCAGUGCACCCGCCGCUGUCCGGCCGGCGAUUUCUGCGUUUACGGCCUCUGCAACUACGCCUGAUCAUAUCAAAAAGUUAAUUUGCAUGCAAGACGAUCGAGUAAUUUAUAUUUCUUAUUAACGAUCUAAUCAUUUGAUUAUAUAUAUA